GUGAUGCCCUGAGACGUGAGGCGGCGGGGAAGGUGAAGGGCAGGAAGGGGGGGGGGGCAGGAUUGUCCCGGUAAAUAGAGCCGGGUGAAGCAUGAAGCUGUACUGCCUGUCAGGACAUCCAACUUUACCAUGCAAUGUUCUCAAGUUCAAGUCCACCACCAUCAUGCUGGAUUGUGGGCUGGAUAUGACGUCUACCCUCAAUUUCCUCCCCUUGCCACUGGUUCAGAGCCCCAGGCUGUCCAAACUUCCCGGAUGGGUUUUGAAAGAUGGAAGCACAUUUCUGGACAAGGAGCUGAAGGAAUGCUCUGGCCAUGUGUUUGUAGACUCUGUACCUGAGUUCUGCUUACCAGAGACUGAGCUGCUUGACCUCUCCACAGUAGAUGUAAUCUUGAUCUCCAACUAUCACUGCAUGAUGGCAUUGCCCUAUAUCACAGAGUACACAGGGUUCACUGGAACAGUCUAUGCCACUGAGCCCACUGUUCAAAUUGGCAGGCUUCUCAUGGAAGAACUGGUGAAUUCCAUUGAACGUGUGCCAAAGGCUCAGUCUGCCUCCAUGUGGAAGAACAAGGAGGUACAAAGGUUGCUGCCUGCCCCUCUGAAGGAUGCAGUGGAGGUGUCCAUGUGGAGGAAGUGCUACACCAUGCCUGAAGUGAAUGCUGCUCUCAGUAAGAUCCAGCUGGUGGGAUAUUCUCAGAAAAUUGAGCUCUUUGGUGCUGUGCAGGUCACCCCCCUCAGCUCAGGCUACGCUCUUGGAAGUUCCAAUUGGAUUAUCCAGUCACACUAUGAAAAGGUUUCCUAUGUUUCAGGAUCUUCUCUACUUACAACACACCCUCAGCCCAUGGACCAAGCUUCUCUUAAAAACAGUGAUGUUCUCAUCCUGACAGGCCUUACACAAAUCCCCACUGCCAACCCGGAUGGGAUGGUAGGAGAGUUCUGCAGCAAUUUGGCUAUGACUGUCCGGAAUGGAGGGAAUGUGCUGGUUCCCUGUUACCCCUCUGGAGUGAUUUAUGACCUGCUGGAGUGCCUCUACCAGUACAUUGACUCUGCUGGACUCUCCAGUGUCCCUUUUUAUUUCAUCUCACCUGUUGCCAACAGCUCCCUUGAGUUCUCCCAGAUCUUUGCUGAAUGGUUGUGUCAUAACAAACAAACAAAGGUGUAUCUUCCAGAACCUCCUUUUCCCCAUGCUGAGCUUAUUCAGACAAACAAAUUGAAACAUUAUCCCAGCAUCCAUGGAGACUUCAGCAAUGACUUCAAGCAGCCCUGUGUUGUGUUCACUGGUCAUCCCUCUCUGAGAUUUGGGGAUGUGGUUCAUUUCAUGGAGUUAUGGGGAAAAUCCAGCUUGAACACUGUUAUCUUCACAGAACCAGAUUUCUCCUAUCUGGAUGCCCUGGCUCCCUAUCAACCUUUGGCCAUGAAAUGUGUUUACUGUCCCAUUGACACAAGACUGAAUUUUAUUCAGGUGUCUAAAUUACUCAAGGAAGUCCAGCCUCUCCACGUUGUUUGCCCGGAGCAGUACACUCAGCCCCCCCCCCACCCAGUCCCACCGUACAGACCUGAUGAUAGAUUGUCAGCCUCCCCCCAUGUCCUACCACAGAGCUGAGGUCCUGACCCUGCCCUACAAGCGGCGCUACGAGAAGAUCGAGAUCAUGCCAGACCUCCCCCCAAAACCUCCACAACCUCCUGCCAGCAAGAAGAGGAAAGCGACGUGAGCGAUGAUGUGCC